CUACAGCUCAACUUCCAAUUGCAACUUAUUAGUCGACCUCGAUCAGCUCACACACCACCAACUCCCAUUGCCGUCAUGGCGUCCAACAAUAUGGCCCGUCGCCUGCUGGCUCUUCCACCGCCUCUCCGAACAAUCGCCCUCCAGCGCUCCCUCGCCGUCUCCGCCACGCACUUCGCAAACAUCACUCCAAUGCGCUCAUACGCCACAUACAACACUAAUGCCUCUGCCGCACCCUCCUCAUCUUCGCAAAGCUCCGUCAACGCGACCGAGGUCUCCCACUUCAACACCCUCGCCUCGUCAUGGUGGGAUCCACACGGCUCUUCGCGACUCCUACAUCUCAUGAACCCAUUGCGACACCAAUUCAUACGAAAAUGCCUCUCCCGCGACCUCGAUUAUCCGGAGAUACAGAGUGGGCAAAAGAAAUUGAAGUUCCUUGAUAUCGGCUGCGGAGGUGGGAUUUUCGCUGAGAGUGCUGCGCGAUCAGCAAUGGCGAAGAGUGUCCUUGCCAUCGAUCCUACGCCUGAAUGUAUUCGAGUCGCGAAGGGGCAUGCCAGACAGGAUCCUUUGCUCAUGGAACCAGGACGAUUGACGUAUAAGAAUAUCGCGAUUGAGGAGCUUCCGUUUCCGGAGAAGGAAGAGGAGGGCUUUGAUGUCAUAAGUGUGUUUGAAGUGAUCGAGCAUAUUCAAAAACCGGCGCCGUUUUUGGAGAAUGUAUUGAGGCAUUUGAAGCCUGGAGGAUGGCUUGUGGGGAGUACGAUUGCGAGAACGGGGACGAGUUGGUUUACGACUAAGUUUGUUGCUGAGGAGGUUUUGAGGAUGGUGCCGAGGGGGACGCAUGAGUGGAGUCAGUAUAUCAAUCCUGGGGAGAUGAGGGAGUGGGCCAGAGGGAGGCAGGAGUCGGAUGUGUUGGUGGGUGGUGAUGGGUGGCAGCAGAUGGGUGUGGUGUAUGUGCCGGGUUUGGGGUGGAAAGUGGUGGAUGGGAGUGAGGAUUGGGGGAACUAUUUCUUUGGAGUGAGGAAGGCUGGGAAGGCGGAGGUGUAGAUUGCUUCUGCUGGAAGACCGGUCUUCAACACAUCAAGGAAGCUUGGUCUCGGAUCGAGACCUUUGGCAUCACGGGAGAGCUACACUCAUGCUCUGCGAUCAAUGAGCAGGUCAUAUCAUAACGACGCCCAGCCAAAAUCUUCUGAACCUCACAUCACGCCAACCUCGGACCCAGAUCGAAGCUGGCUCUACGUGCGAACCCCAUUCUAUCGGGACCCAUACUGGACUCGGGAAACAAUGCCACC